GCCAAACCCUACCGGAAACUCAUGGGAGAAACAGAAGAAGUGUUUCCGGUGCGGACCGUCGUGUCUGCGGUGUUUUGGUGUUGAAGUUAAACCGGAUUUAUUUUUUUGUGAAAUCCUUCAUUAAGACGUUAAACCGUGUUCACGCGCGCCCUCUGAGCCGGUCAGCUCGCAGGUUUCAGCGAUGGCGUCUGGGCUCCUGGAUGCUCCUGCAGAAGGAGACGCUCUCUGUGUCUUCUUGCUGAGUGACUCAGCAGAAAGGAGGGAGGUGGGUUGCCAGAGCGACUCAGCAGAAAGGAGGGAGGUGGGCUGCCAGAGCGACUCAGCAGAAAGGAGGGAGGUGGGCUGCCAGAGCGACUCAGCAGAAAGGAGGGAGGUGGGCUGCCAGGUGGACCUGCUGACUCAGCAGCUCAGCUGGACACACACAGGGUCCUCUGAGAUGUUGUUGCAGUGUUUUGUGCGUCCUGAUGGUCCAGAUGGGGGGGCUCUGCUGCAGCACUGCACCAACCGAACCAGAACCAUCAAACCGGGCCGCAGGGCCACGCCCCCAACACCCCCCCCACCGAGGCCCGACCACGCCACGCAGAGACCGCCCAAACGCCGCUGCCGCCGCAAUCACCGUGUGGUCCCGGACCCCCAACAGGAAGAGGAAGAACAGGAUCAGGAAGUGGAACAGGAAGUGGUGGAGGAGGACACCGGGGAUCCCACCUGGACUCCACCUGACGGAGACGCUGCCUCUCGCCCGGCUGCCUGCGCUCUGGAGGACUCAGACUCACAGCAUGCACCUGUACGGCUGGACUCAGCCUCCCAGCAUGCACCUGUGCAGCUGGACUCAGCCUCCCAGCAUGCACCUGUGCGGCUGGACUUGGCCUCCCAUCAUGCCCCUGUGCAGCUGGACUCAGCCUCCCAGCAUGCACCUGUGCGGCUGGACUUGGCCUCCCAUCAUGCACCUGUACGGCUGGACUCGGCCUCCCAGCAUGCACCUGUGCGUGCCGCGGUGAAGCUGGAGCCGAACAGCAUCAUGUGCGACGUCUGCGGCAAAGUGAUGAAGAACAAGUCGAGCCUGGCUCGCCACUCCUUCAUCCACACGGGCAAGAAGCCGUUCGCCUGCCAGCUGUGCGAGCUGCGCUGUCGCCCGCGACAACCUGCAGCAUCACACGGCCGGCUGCACCCCGACGGCGUCGCCCGGCGACAGAAGCCGCGCGCGGCGCGCAGUCGUGGCUGUGCCCGGUCUGCGGCAAAACGUUCAGCUGCCGCUCGCGGCUGAAGACGCACGAGGUCAUCCACUCGGGCGUGAAGCCGCUUACGCCU